GCCGCCGCGGACCAGGCGGCCAUGGAGGAGGCAGCGGCGGCUCUGAACGAGAGCGGAGCGGCCGCCCACCGGCUGCCGGGCGGCGGCGGCGGCAGCAGCGGCGGCGGCAACACCUCGCUGGAGCUGUCGUCGCGGGCCCCCGCGCAGCCCGCCGCCCUCAACCCCUGGGAUGUGAUGCUCUGCGUCUCCGGCACCGCCAUCGCCUGCGAGAACGCCCUGGUGGUGGCCAUCAUCUGCUACUCGCCCGCCCUGCGCACCCCUAUGUUCGUGCUGGUGGGCAGCCUGGCCACCGCCGACCUCCUGGCUGGCCUCGGCCUCAUCCUCAACUUCGUUUUCCAGUACGUGAUCCGCUCGGAGACGGUCAGCCUGCUGACGGUGGGCUUCCUCGUCGCCUCCUUCGCUGCCUCGGUGAGUAGCUUGCUGGCCAUCACGGUCGAUCGCUACCUCUCCCUCUACAACGCCCUCACCUACUACUCGGAGAGGACGGUGCUGUGCAUCCACACCAUGCUGGCGGGCGCCUGGGGGGUCUCCCUCUGCCUGGGGCUGCUGCCCGUCCUGGGCUGGAACUGCCUCCACGACCCCACCACCUGCAGCGUCGUCAGACCCUUGACCAAGAGCAACGUGACGCUGCUGUCCGCCUCUUUCUUUCUCAUUUUCCUCAUCAUGCUCCAUCUCUACAUCGAGAUCUGCAAGAUCGUUUGCAGGCAUGCCCACCAGAUAGCUCUCCAGCAGCACUUUCUGACUGCCUCGCACUACGUGGCCACCAAAAAAGGGGUCUCUACCCUCGCUAUAAUCCUCGGGACUUUCGGAGCCAGCUGGCUGCCUUUUGCCAUCUACUGUGUAGUGGGGGAUCCCGACUACCCUUCCGUGUACACAUACGCCACGCUUCUACCCGCCACCUACAACUCCAUGAUCAACCCCAUCAUUUACGCCUACAGAAACCAGGAAAUCCAGAGAUCCAUGUGGGUGCUCUUCUGUGGCUGCUUUCAAGCUAAAGUGUCCUUUCGCUCCCGGUCCCCUAGCGAUGUCUGAGUGACUUUUCUCUCUGUCAUACCGCACCGAGGACAAUCUACUCAGUGAACUAUUCCAGUGCCUGUUCUAAACUUCAAACUACGUCAUGAAGUCAUUGGAAACACGCUUAAGUAUUAGCACUUUAUACAUGUUUGUAUCUCUGAGAGUGGUUCGGGGUACGGAGUUUGGGGUUCUGUGAAAAAAAGUGGUUGUAUAUAAAUUUGCACAUCACAUUUGUAAAGUGAAGACAUUCCAAUACCGCUUAAUUAUAGCACCUUAUUUCUAGCUGCUGACCUGCCAAAACAGUGUUGCCUUUCUGAAGGGCAGAGAGAAAGAAAGUGGUAUUUGUGUUGUAUUUGUACAUGUGUGUGUGUGUAGGGGAGGGGGGGGAUGUAUGUAUGUAUGUGUGUGUGUAUCUAUACUUUGCUGCACAAUAUAGAUAAAUUAUAACAUUUUGUAUACAAAUAAAAACAUUAAUAUAA